AGCGAAUUUAAAGGGGCCUAUGGCACGGCACCCCUCAACAUUUCCUUGCCCUGGUCCCCGGGGAUUAUCGGUGUGCGCAGGGCUAUUGUGGCUGCCUGGGUUCCUUGACUAGGUACCUAGAGCAUCAGGAAACCUCCCCGCUACCACGCGCACGCCCGGGGCUGCCUUCUUUCUCCCCACCUCCUGUCUGAAUAGAAGCUGGCACGAAGAAGGUCAGCGGCCCCGACCGGCUUCGACCCGGAAAGUUUAAGUAGACGUCUCAGUCUCCCGACUUCCGGUUCCGGUUUUGAGGCUCUGCCUGGCCGCCUUCGCUAUGGAAGAACCAGAGAUGCAGCUGAAGGGCAAGAAAGUCACAGACAAGUUCACUGAGAGUGUCUAUGUCCUGGCCAAUGAGCCGUCAGUGGCCCUGUACCGGCUACAGGAACAUGUGCGCCGCUCACUGCCGGAGCUGGCCCAGCACAAGGCUGACAUGCAGAGGUGGGAGGAGCAGAGCCAGGGCGCCAUAUACACUGUGGAGUAUGCCUGCAGUGCUGUGAAGAGUCUGGUGGACAGCAGUGUGUACUUCCGCAGUGUGGAAGGCCUGCUCAAACAGGCCAUCAGUAUCCGCGACCACAUGAACACCAGCGCCCAGGGCCACAGCCAGGAGAAACUGGCCUGACCCUGACCCCAGAAGACUCUUGGGGCCACCAGCUUCCCACCCAGGUCAGUGCAGAGGCUGCCACUGCUGAGCUAAGCUGUUUCCUUGUGUCUCUGCAGGGACCUGCUGUCUAACUGUUGGGUUUCCUUGCUGCCCUUCUGGGAUGGUCACUUGGGGGAUUGCCUCUGGUUGCCUCCUCUUCCUCCUUAGGUGGAGGCCGGCCUCCUGUGCCCAAACCACUCAGCCUCUGUGUAGCCUUGAGGCACCCCUCACUUCUAUGGUCUUCAGCUUUUCCCUCAUGUAAAAAUGGCUCAUCCAGCUGAGGCCAUGUGGUCAGUGACAGCUAUAAGUAACAGCUGUGUCCAUGUGAGAGAUAAACAUACAAAAUCCUAACCCUUAACAAUACUAUAAACUGACCAGCCCCUGAUGCUGCUUUAGGCUGCAUAGUUGGGUGCUUCCUCUGGCCUUGGCCUGUUGCUGUGUUGCAGGGUGGGGGGCCGGGUUUUCUGGGGUCCCUUCACCACCUCAAGCAGAGGGGCCCGACCAUGGUCCCCACUGGUACUGACCAUCCUCUGCUGUGGAGGCCCAGGGGGUGUGUAGAGACUGGCUCACAGCCCCAGAGCCCAGAGGCAGCAGAGUCCACUUCCAGGACAGUAAGAGAGUGCUGAUUGGUGGUGAGAUCAUCGGGCAUUAAUUAGGCACCUCACUUGUACAGUCAGCAUUGCUCAAGCUCCUUGUAUAGCAAGAACUUAUUGGGUACUAGUCAGAGGGCACUCACUGAGUGUGUCAGCUUGCCAGGGUUCUGGGCACCCACCCGCUGUCACCCCCACCACAGGAGAAGAACAGUUCUUCACUUGAGAGUCCCGUGGGAUAUCUGGGAGGACCCUACACUAGAAGGGCUCCCAGGUGUGUGCAAUGUGAUCCUGUCAGCCCUGGUGUACCCCUAUCCCAUUCCCAGCCCACACCUGAGCACCCCUGUGUUCCUGCCCCAGCCCCUGCCUGGGCACCCCUGAAUUCCUGCCCCAGCCCCUGCCUGGGCACCCCUGAAUUCCUGCCCCAGCCCCUGCCUGGGCACCCCUGAAUUCCUGCCCCAGCCCAUGCCUGGGCACUCCUGAAUUCCUACCCCAGCCCCUGCCUGGGCACCCCUGAAUUCCUGCCCCAGCCCCUGCCUGGGCACCCCUGAAUUCCUGCCCCAGCCCAUGCCUGGGCACCCCUGAAUUCCUACCCCAGCCCCUGCCUGGGCACUCCUGCAUCAUGUGUCUCUGCUCUGCUCACCUUGUGGUGUACCGGACUCCUCUGGAUCCCACCUUCAGCUCUACAGACUUCAUCUCCCUGGGAUUACCACCCCUGUGUCCCCCAAAGCCACUCUCCUCAGAUCACCAGUGGCCUUCAUGGGUCAGCUCCUCACUGCCUGUCUAAACCCAAGGCCCUCAGCACAGUCUAAAAGAGGAAUCUGGCUUGGUGGUGAGACAGCCUGCUCCAGCUGCAGGGCAACGUUCACACCCUGGCCUCCUGACCCUUAGCUCUCCACCCCUACCUCCACUCUCCACCCCUACCUCCACUCCCUGGCCUUGCAGAAGCAGGCCCUCGGACACCACACCUGAGAACUCAGCAGGAACUGAAAAGCUAGCAAGGUCUGGUGCAUCCUGGCUCAGCCAUAAUCCCCCCCCCCACACACACACACCUUGGCCAUGAACCAGGAUCAUUGUUCCAGUAGCAAUCCAGGGCAAUCUUGGUAAAUAUACAUUAAAUGUCCA